AUGUUAGCAACAACAGCACCAAACUCGUUAGUCAUGAAUCCAACAUCUAUGUUAGUAGAAAUGAAAAGCUUCAUUCCUUCUUCAUAUACUUUUGAAACAGAAAUCCAGAAGAUAAAGCAAGAACUUUUAACAAGUAAUUUAGACUGUAGUGCGAAAGAUGAAACAAAUGAAGAAUAUCUUUAUGAAAUGCAGGACAUUAUUGACCAUUUGCCUAAACUACCUGAAAUCCAACAACAAAAACUCACUAUUCCUGAAUUUGACGAAAUUGAAGUCAAACCAACUGACUCAGUAGAAAUAAAGAAGUUCAUACGAAAGGUAAAUUAUGAAUUCCUUGGUUUUCAUUGCAACCAUAAAGUUAUGGACAAAGAUUGCGACAUGGUUUAUAAAAAUAUUUCUGACAUAUAUAAAUCUGAAGAAUUUAAGACAUACGACAACUUUGUUUCGUUAGUUGCUGAAUGUGUUUGGGAAAUAAGAGAUAAAGAUAGAAGAGGCAAAGUAUGGAACAAACAAAUAAGACCCGCUAUGUUUGAGAUGAAGAGAGCAAUUGACGCUUUAGUUGUUUUAGCUGGUUUUAUUUCAAUGUAUAACGCAAAAAUGAACCCGCAAU